AUACCUUAAACCCGUCUAACCCGCCAGAAUUACAGCCCUACAUCUUACUCAAUCCAUGCUUGAUAAUAAUAACAACUGGAUAUUUUGGUCCACUUACGAUCCUAUGUUCUUGUUUGUCAGUUUGUGGCUAGAGCUAAACUUCCAAUCAACUGAUUCGAGUUUGUUAAAUUCUUUAUUCCCAGUUUAAAAUGUUCACUAAGUUUUAUUGAUUUUUGUCUGCCGUAUCUUAUAUUGUAACAUCAUAAACAGGCAUGAAGAAGAGUUCAUCAAAACAAUUGUUGAGAAACUUUUGAGUGUAUUGAAUCAUACGUACUUACAUGUAGCCAUCCACCCAGUUGGGUUAUAUUCUCGUACGGAAUACAUGUAUUCUCUGUUGAGUGUUGGAACUAAUGAUGUCCGCAUGGUGGCGAUAUGUGGGAUGGGUGGAAUAGGCAAGACCACCAUUGCCAAAGCUAUUUUCAACCAUUUGUUCCAUAAUUUUGAAUGCAAAAGUUUUCUGGCAAAUGUUAGAGAGAAUUCAAAGCAGCAUAAAAACCAAAUACGGUUGCAAAAGCAGCUUCUUUAUGAUAUACUGAGGACAAAAGUCAGAGAGGUGAGCAGUGUUGAUCGAGGAAUCGAAGUGAUAAAAAAAAGGCUUUGCAACAAAAGGGUUCUUCUUGUUCUUGAUGAUGUGGAUCAACUAGACCAACUAAUUGCGUUGAGUUGCCAUUCUGACAAGGCCAGAAAAGAUUGUUAUGGUCCGGGAAGUAGAAUCAUCAUAACAACUAGAAACGAGCAUCUGCUAGAACAUAUUGAAGUAAAUGACAAUUAUAUGGUUGAGGAAUUGAAUGACAGUGAAUCUCUUGAGCUCUUUAGUUGGCAUGCCUUUGGGAGGAGUGAUCCUGCAGAAAGUUUUGCUCAGCUUUCAAAAGACGUAGUAGGUUACGCUAAAGGAUUGGCUUUAGCCCUUGAAGUUUUGGGUUCGUUUCUAAGAGAGUUCAAAAGCAUUGCUGAAUGGGAAGACGCGUUGGAGAAAUUGAAAAAAGCUCCUCAUGGUAAAAUUCAAGGCCAGCUUAUUCUAAGUUUUGAUGCAUUGGAUCGCUAUGAAAAAAUGAUAUUCCUUGAUAUUGCAUGUUUCUUUAUUGGAAUGGACAAAGACUGUGUCACAAAAAUACUAGAUGGUUGUGGUUUUUUCGCAACAAGUGGUAUUGGUGUUCUCAUUCGUAGGUGCCUUGUAAAUUUGAACAAAGAUAACAAACUAAUGAUGCAUGAUCUGCUAAGAGACAUGGGAAGAGAAAUUGUUUGUCAAGAAUCUACUCACGACUCUGGACAGCGGAGCAGAUUGUGGUAUUGUGAGGAUGUUCUUGAUGUACUAACAAAUUGCACGGGAACAAACCAAAUUGAAGGCCUGGCAUUGAAUAUGGAUGGAUCAAAAAAAAUAACUUUGAGAGCUGAAGCAUUUUCAAGGAUGCACAAUGUAAGAUUGCUACAACUGAAUAAUGCAAACAUCACUGGAGGCUAUGAACAUCUUUCUAAAAAAUUGAGAUGGCUAUGCUGGCAUGGAUUCCCUUUGAAUUCUAUACCGCCUAACUUUUAUCAAGAGAAAUUACUUGUUAUUGACAUGCAGUAUAGCAACCUGAGACAUGUAUGGAAGGAUAACAAGGUUAAUGGAAAGUUGAAAAUUCUUGAUCUAAGUCAUUCCCAUUUGCUAACUAGAAUCACCACUGACUUCUCAAUACUCCCAAACCUUGAGAAAUUGAUACUUAAAGAUUGUAGAGGUUUGCAAACGAUUGACGAAUCCAUUGGAUGUUUAGAUAAACUCAUAUUACUCAACCUAAAACAUUGUGCAAACCUUGUGAAUCUUCCAAGGAGCAUCGUUAUGUUGAAAUCUCUUGAAAUUCUUGAGGUCUCUGGCUGCUUGGAAUUAAAUAAAUUUCCAGAGGACAUAGGGGAGCUUGGAUCAUUAACUAUGCUUCUUGCUGAUAAGACUGCGAUAAGACAAAUACCAGCUUCCAUAGUGCAUUUAAAGAACCUUCGGUGUUUAUCGCUGUCUGGCAUAAAAGGAUCACCAUCCAAAUCAUUGAUUUCACACUUUUUGUCGUGGGUGUCACCAAUUAAAUACUCUGAUUCCACCAGCUUAUUGCCAACUUCAUUGUCGGGAUUAACCUCUCUAACCCAGUUGUCCCUCGAAAGUUGCAAUCUAUCAGAGGGUUCAAUUCCAGAAGAUCUUGGGAGUCUAUGUUCUUUAGAAUAUCUGGCUCUGGAUUACAACAAUUUCAUUACUUUACCAACUAGCAUCAGCAGACUUUCUAGGCUUGAAAAACUCUAUUUGCGGUAUUGUUCAAAGCUCCAAUCACUUCCUGAGCUUCCGUCUAGCCUGACUUACAUUUGUGCUAACGGUUCAUCAUCAUUGGAAAGAUUUCCGGAUCUAUCAAACUUUUCACAUGCCCCCAGUAUAAUUCUAUAUGAUUGCAACAAACUAGCUGAGCUCCCAAUCACGAAGAAUCUCCUACAGGGAUGGUUGGGAACGCCUGAGAGUAUUAAAUUUAUAUUACCCUGGUCUGAAAUUCCUGAAUGGUUCAGAUAUCACGGGACGAGUAAUAAGUUGUCAUUUCAAGUGCCUCCAGAUAUGAGGAUGAUGAAAGGCUUGGUUCUAUGCAUGAUAUAUGCAGCACGUGAUUUUCAGUUAAGAAAUUUACCAGACUUUAUUUUUCCUAUUACUAAUGCAACCAAGAAUUUUUUUGUUCGCUGUAUUAGUCGUCCACCUUAUCCUGGAAUAGCCAUCCAAGAUGAGCACCUAUCAUUGUGCUAUGUACCCAUUCAAGAUAUAUUUGAGGUGGAUGGUGGAGACCAAGUGGAAGUUGAAAUCGAUACAUGUUGCGAGGUGAUUGUGAAGAAAUGUGGAGUCAUCCCGGUCUAUACUAAAGUUAGCAAGUGUACCAGGAUGGACAUUGAAGAACUGAACUGA